CACAGCCUAGCAGCAGUGUAUAUGCAUAUAUAGGUAGUUUACAGCCGCACAGUAGGCCAUUUUUUAUUGACUUAUCGCGUCCAGAAUUUCAGAAACCAUCAGUAAAAACGUCGAAAGUCGCAAACGAACAAUGUUGUGCUACACAAGAUGGCGGACUCACAGCGACAAAACCGUACGGCUCAUGAGUUUUCUACGUAAUGUAGUUCUGUGGUUAAGGUGUUACAUUUUUAAUCAUAGCUUUAUGAAACGUUAUUUAAGGAAUAACGUCAAGUACUUAAAUAACACCAGAACAGUAAAGUAAUAGCAGUAGCAACAGUUUGACACCCCGUUAGCUUUUUUGCUAGUAAUCAACGCCAGAGAAAUCGAUCGACGAGGAAGUUGAACCGCACUCACGUGAUCAUCCCACUACAUAAUAAUAGCAACGGUGAUACUUGCACAAGAAAAAUGAGACGGGCGUUGCAUUUUGUUUUUAAAGUUGGUGACCGGACCAAAACUGCUACAUUUUAUCGAGAUGUCCUGGGAAUGAAGGUUUUGCGCCACGAGGAGUUUGACGAAGGCUGCAAAGCAACCUGUAACGGUCCCUAUGAUGGAAAAUGGAGCAAGACUAUGGUUGGCUUUGGUCCGGAAGAUGAUCAUUUUGUAGCUGAGCUCACAUACAACUAUGGCGUGGCAGAAUAUCAACUUGGAAAUGAUUUCUUGGGGCUAACCCUGCAGUCAAGCAAGGCUGUGAGCAAUGCCAAGCGUCUUGGAUGGCCUCUCACACAGGUAGAAGACGACCUGUAUGUGACCCAAGCUCCGGGUGGUUAUCAGUUCUAUUUGGUGGACCGAGAGCAGCCUCACAAAGGUGAUCCUGUGCAGAGAGUUUCCCUUGGCGUGUCCGACAUCAGGAGGUCGACCAACUACUGGUCGACACUGUUGGGAAUGACCGUGAUGGAAAGGAAUGAGGGGAAGAAGACAGUGUUGUUGGGAUUCGGAGACACUCAGUGUAAACUGGAACUUCAUGACAUCAGUGGUGCAGUAGAUCAUGGAACAGCAUUCGGAAGAAUUGCAUUUUCAUGCCCCAGGGAUCAGCUUCCUGACCUGGAAGCAUUGAUGAAAAAAGAAAAUGAGAACAUUAUCACACCUUUAGUCAGCUUGGACACACCUGGGAAAGCCACCGUAGAAGUUGUUAUUUUAGCUGACCCGGAUGGCCAUGAGAUUUGCUUUGUGGGAGAUGAAGCAUUCCGACAGCUUUCCGCAGUAGACCCUAAAGGCGAUGAGCUGCUCGAUAAGGCAAUGGCUGAUGACAAAAGCAAUGAGUGGUUUGCCAAGCACAACAGACAGAAGGCUGCUGCAUGAGAUGGACUACAAUGACUGCAACUCCGUCAGCCUCCAGCUGUUGAGAAAAGAUGCUUCUUUUCUCUUCUUUCAACUUUACAGCAUUUAUAGGACAACAAUAAAUGCAAUUCCAUAUUUCAUAAUUCUAUGGUAAUGAUUCUCAAAACAUUUUAUGGCGAGUACCACCUACAAAAUACAAAGUGUGUAGUUUUGCAAGUACGCUCCCUUGCUCUGUCAUGAUUUAAAAAAAAACAUGGAUUUCUAAGCCCGGCGGGGU